AGCAGGCUGGAGGGGGUAUGCUCAGCGAUGAGGAUUUUGUGAGUGCCUUAGACUGGAGCUAGGCUGUGGUGCUCCAGAGAGUUGGAGGAGGUCCUUUACCAUGUGUGAGGAGGUGAAGGCCACUGUGCAGAAAUGUGUGCAGACCCCUAGGCACAGCAAGGAGGCCCUGAAUAGGCUCAACCAGGCUAUCCGGCAGCUGAAGAUGGAGCCUUGUGAGCUACAGAAAAGCAAAGACCUGGAUGCCAUGCCAGAUGUGGCCUCAGGCAGUGCUAAGGGCAGACUGGCCUGGCUGGAGGCUGCCCUGCAGCAAGCCAAGCAGGACAUGGCUCGGCAGCUGUGUGAGUACCAGGAGCUCAUGAUCCUCAAACUGGGCCUGGACUUCGAGAUCGCUAUCUACCGCAGGCUGCUGGAGGGUGAGAAGCAGAGGCUUGGUCUGGGACUUGGGGCAGGCAGUGUGGCUCCUGGCGGUGACGUCACUGGAGACAGGCGAUCCCUAAGGGCACCCGGAGUCAGUUCCUGUGGCCUGGACAUGAGCGCCCCAAGUGGUCGCUGCGCGCUCUGCAGCUCCGCGGGCUGCGUUGGAGGCUUUGGCUACCUUGGCUCCCGUGAAUGUUGAACCCCUCCCUCCGGAGAAGACUAGAAACUGGCGCUUCCGCCCAAAGACUUGGCCCUCUUGUCUCAGAUUCCCUUGCCCACAGAGAUGGCCCUCUUCUCCCUUCCCCCUUUGCACCUCACCUGGAACUAGACGGGACUCUGGUCUGUCAUCCUGUAGACACAGCCUGUGGCUUACCGGAACCUUGCAUCCUGCCCCCCUGACCGGCUCUAGUCCCAUUUAUUUAUUUAUUUAUUUUUUCCAGGCUUGCCCUUUAAUAAAACAUUCUAUGGUGG